UGCACUUGUCAACUUCCGUUUAGAGACGUAUCAUCACAGACAUGGCGGCUAGCUCACGGCGGAAUCCCCCUCCUCUCCCUGGAGCAGAGAACCAAGACCCACUUUCCGAAAUGGCAGAUGAAGACAGUGACGAAGGGGAGGAUAUAUUCGUUGGCAAUAGCAACCCUGUUGCAGAGGCCUUUCAGCCUGACACAGCCAAUGGUGAAGAACCAGCUGACCUCUUCAGUGAAGCAGAAACUAGCACCGCUGUCAACAGUUCCAUCACAACCUCUAAGUCCAACGGUGUCCAUUCAGACAAUGAGAAUGAUCUAUUUGCAGAGGUCUCGGUGGAGCUGUCCAUGGAGAACCCCAGCACCACAGCCAAGUCCUCUGGAGCUGAAUUCACCCCGUCACUUACACGAUCAGCAACACAACCUGAGUCUAUGGAGCAGCUGGAAGAGGAAAAGGAUGAGGACAGCUUUGACAUGGAGGUUGCUGUCACCAAUCCAGAGAAAAUUGGAGAUGGCAUGAACGCUUACAUGGCCUACAAGGUGUCCACUCGGACUACAUUACCCAUGUUCAGGAACAGGACAUUCUCGGUGUGGAGGAGGUUCAGUGAUUUCCUUGGGCUGUAUGAGAAGCUGUCGGUGAAGCACUCCCUGAACGGCUGUAUCAUCCCUCCACCACCAGAGAAGAGCGUUGUGGGGAUGACCAAAGUGAAGGUGGGAAAGGAUGACUCUUCCUCGGCUGACUUUGUGGAGAGGAGGAGAGCGGCUCUGGAGAGGUACCUGCAGAGAGUAGUGUGUCACCCGUCCCUGUUACAAGACCCUGAUGUCAGAGAGUUCCUGGAAAGAGACGAGCUGCCUAGGGCGGUGGGUACACACACACUGAGUGGAGCUGGCUUCCUGAAGAUGAUCAACAGAGCAUCAGAUGCUGUCAGUAAGAUGACCAUCAAGAUCAGUGACUCGGAUGCUUGGUUUGACAACAAACUGCAGGAGGUGGAGAGCGAGGAGCUGCAGCUGAGGAAACUCCAUGCGGUGGUGGACUCCCUGGUCAACCACAGAAAGGAGCUCUGCGGGAACACAGCAGUGUUCGCCAAGAGCAUGGCCAUGCUGGGCAACUCGGAGGACAACACAGCUCUGUCCCGGGCCCUCUCCCAACUGGCCGAGGUGGAGGACAAGAUGGAGACGCUACACCAGGAGCAGGCGGCCAGCGACUUCUUCAUCUUGGCCGAGCUGCUGGCCGACUACAUCCGCCUACUAGGGGCCGUCAGGGGCUGUUUUGAGCAGCGCAUGAAAACGUGGCAGCGCUGGCAGGAGGCUCAGAGCACCCUGCAGAAGAAGAGGGAGGUUGAGGCAAAGCUUCUGUGGGCCAACAAGCCUGACAAACUACAACAGGCCAAAGAGGAGAUCACUGAGUGGGAGGGUAAAGUCACUCAGUACGAGAGGGAUUUUGACAGGAUCUCUGUAACCGUUCGUAAGGAAUUCCUCAGGUUUGAGAAAGAGAAGUCCAAGGACUUCAAAAGCCAGAUAGUGAAAUAUCUGGAGUCUCUUCUACAGUCUCAACAGCGGCACGUAAAGUUCUGGGAAGCAUUCCUGCCUGAAGCAAAAGCGAUAGCAUGAUGAGGCUUGAGGACGUUAGGAAGAGAACGACUGCCUUUUUGAACACUUUACCUCCUGACUAUGUACCCAGAAGACAAUGCAACAGAGGGGACAACUACAUCUCAUCCAUAUUAUUUUAGCAUUAGUGAUUUAUUUUUCAGCUUUUCAGUAUGCUCUACAUCGGCACAAUGUAUCGAUUCAACAGAGAUGAAUUUGACAGUAUAGCUUUUCUAAGUAAACAUGUCAGUGGUGUAAGUGGGAUAUGUUUUACUCCGUGUUCAUGGGCCACCCUUACUCAGAUAGGAAGAGUUUGACUUAACAAUCCUAAAGUGUUCACAUUUUGAGGUACUUCCGUUUACAGUGGAGGGCAGUUCACAACUGUUUACAAAAGGUCAUGAAAUAACUUUUGGAUGCACAAACGCAUAGGGGAAUGUAGUAAAUUGUGUGUGUCGUGUGAAAUACCACUUUGACUAGAGAGCUCAUUCAAACUGAUAGACGGACUAAUACCAACGGUCCUCAAUUUGUGCAUUUACAGACCUACAGUGAAGGGACAAAAUAAUGGAAGCAUGGAGUGUUUGUUUAUGGUGACCCAUCAGAUGAGUGUACCUGUCUGUGUCUUUGUGCGUGUUCACCAUUGUUUGAUCAUCAGUUGAUAUACAUCUGUAACCUCAAAUAAUUAUGAUCAACAACAGUCUUUCUGAACUGACCAUCAGUAUAUUUUUACAUCUGUGUUCAAACAUGUAGCCUCAUUGAAUUCAAUGUGAUUGUGAAAUGUGUCAUGUUCAGUGUUGGAAAAAGUACUAAAUCGUCCUACUUGAGUAAAAGUAAAGAAAAGUCAAUGAAAAAUUACUCAAGCAACCGUCACCCUUGAAGAAGAAGUACUAGAAGUACUUGAAGAAGUACUAAAUGUUCAUACUUGAGUAAAAGUACAAAGUAAAAGUCAAUGCUAUACAUAAAAUUCCUUAUAUUAAGCAAACCAGACGGCACGAUUUUCUUGUUUUUUUAUUUAUUUACUGACAGACUGUGGCACAUAAUUAUAUCCUGCCUCAGCAUUCAAAAUGCUGAGGCAGAAUAGAAUUAUGUGCCACAGUCUUAUUUUGGGUGUUGGGGUAAAUGUAUGGGAGUAGUACAUAUCUUUAGGAAUGUGGUGGAGUAAAAGUAGUCAAAUAUAAAUAGGAAUGUCAUGUACACAUACCCAAGUAUUAUUUUUCUUCAGUACUUUAAACCACGGAUCAAGUUUCCUCACAAUGUUGAUAAACUAGCAACAGUGCUUGACUUGGACUGAAAUAGGUGUCAGUACUCAUUUUGUGUGCUGGUACUGUUAAGGUGCAGGAAGUCCAUAAUACUUUUGAACUAAAUAUUCUAUAUAAGGUGCAGGAACUCGAGCAGUAGAAAAUUAGGUGCCGCUAUUCAGUUCCGGUUGGGGUUAUACCCAAAUCCAGCACUGACUAGCAGUGUGUAAUGAUGAUGAAAGCAAAGUGAUAACAAGUGUUGACUCCUUUAGUUUUCUUACCCAACAUUUAUAUGAGUGUCUGUUAUUUUUCCUCAAGAUGUGCUUUAUUUUUGUAACCACUCGCAUUUAGAUAAGAUAUUCCUGAAAAUUCUAUAGAAGUGAGUAAUAAAGAUGAUUGACUGAACUUCG